ACGUGCUGACGAAUCGACUCUUCCUAAACAUCGAUUCAAAACAACUUGAGGACGCAUAACAUAUUAAAAACCACACAACAAGCACAAACACAAAACAAAUAGAAAAAAACAGUCACAGUUAACAAAAUGUCGGAAAUGCAAAUGGAUUGUGCGUUGGAUCUGAUGAGGCGACUGCCGCCCCAACAGAUUGAGAAGAAUCUGAUUGACUUGAUUGAUUUGGCGCCCGACUUGUGCGAGGAUCUGUUAUCGUCCGUGGAUCAGCCGCUGAAGAUAGCCAAAGAUAAGGAACACGGCAAGGACUAUCUGCUGUGCGAUUAUAAUCGUGAUGGCGACUCGUAUCGCUCGCCCUGGUCCAACUCGUAUUACCCAGCGCUGGAGGAUGGCCAAAUGCCGUCGGAACGUUUACGCAAACUGGAAAUCGAGGCGAACUAUGCAUUCGACCAGUAUCGCGAAAUGUACUAUGAGGGCGGUGUCUCCUCCGUUUAUCUGUGGGAUUUGGAUCACGGUUUUGCCGCUGUGAUACUCAUCAAAAAGGCCGGCGAUGGCAGCAAAAUGAUACGCGGCUGCUGGGACUCGAUACAUGUGGUGGAGGUGCAGGAGAAAACAACGGGGCGCACCGCACAUUACAAGCUCACUUCAACGGCCAUGCUGUGGCUGCAGACAAACAAACAGGGCUCGGGCACAAUGAAUCUAGGCGGUUCACUGACUCGCCAAACGGAACAGGAUGCCAAUGUGAGCGAAUCCUCGCCGCAUAUCGCAAACAUUGGCAAAAUGGUCGAGGAGAUGGAAAACAAAAUACGCAAUACACUAAACGCAAUUUACUUUGGCAAGACCAAGGACAUCGUGAACGGAUUGCGCAGCACACAGUCCCUGGCCGAUCAGCGGGAUCAGGCCGCCAUGAAACAGGAUCUGGCAGCAGCAAUAUUGAGGCGCAAUGUCAAGCCCGAAUCGAACUGAGCUGUUGACGCCUCCGGCGCUAACCGCGUUUAUAGGGACAGUAAUCGAAUUGGCCGCAUAAUUCAAUUUCAUUAUGAGCAUUACCAACUACCAAGUAACACAAUGCGCAUUUCUAGGCAUUAAAUUUGUUAACAAAAAAAAAAAAGAGAUAAACAUUAAUAGAAAACUUGUUAAAUGAAAGAAGAUAAAACGUAUGAAUGUAAAUUGACUGCCCCGAUUUCUACUAACCCCCUCCUCCAACCGCCUUGUUGCAAUUUACAUAAAUUUCAAGUCCACACUCGUAUAUGUCGCGCCAGCUCUGCCGCCGCCCUUUAGACAGUAUCUUUAAGUAACUUUGAGUAUUUUGUAUCUGUAUAAUGCAUAUACAAUGAUUUGUAUCUGAAAGUCGAUGCGAAAUUGUACGGAUAUCGCUUUGCGCGAUUCAUUUGAAAGCGAUUCGAUUAGUUUGCAUUUGCAUUUUUCUUUGGAAACGUUUGCUGCGUUCGAGAAUAAAUAAUUGUGUUUAUAUAUAAAAUAAAAUAAAAUAAAUAAUGUAUGUAUGUGUAUUCUAACAAUAAGAAGCUCGAAGCAUAAAUUUUACAUUAUGUACUUUUACUGAAACGCUCUGUAUUAUGUGAAAAAUACACAUUACGUAUCGAUCAGAGAAAUCUAAUUCUAA